GUUUAUGGAUGCUGAUUUUUACGUGUCUCUAACCUUGAGUUACUUAUUGUGCACAUGUGAAUGUGUGUCAAAAAAAGCUCAUGUAAGUAUAUAUGAACAAACGUCUUGUCUAAGCUUUUACGUGUCUAAUUUUUUUUUUGAAAAUUUGACAUUUCUCCAUCCAUUUUAAAGAAAACUUUUUUGGUUCGCUCUCAUAUCCACGUAUAUAACUAAGUAUUUUACAUGGAUAUUCGUGAUAAUAAAUAUUCUUACUGUGGGAAAUAAUCAGUGGUAUAUACAAAGAUGGACAAUUGCAAGAGUGAGAAGAAUUUUGAUUCUGAUUCAAAAUAUUUACUAGACCAGCUGAUCACAGCGAGAAAGGAAAUAAACAAUUUAAGGCAACAAAUAAAAAGUCUUCGUUACGUCCACGAAAGGGAUGUUAUUAGUAUUAAAAGACUGUUAGGACUAUGCACAAGUGGAUUUGUUUCCUUUUCUGAAGACUCUAUACCCUCGGAUCUGUCCAGUACUAUUGUAAGAAACAAUGAACCUUCCACCAGCAAAACUGAUAACGAUGAAGUCUUGACCAUUCAACCGAUUGGUACCAUUUCCACUUGGUUUCCCAGUAAACGAGGGACUCCUCGACAACCUGUUGUUUGUGGCAGAGUUCCUGGUAAAUUAACACUGUUCAAAAAUGUUUUAACAAAUCCCCAACACGCUCUUGAAGGAUUAGAGGAGUUUUCUCACAUGUGGAUUUUGUUCCACUUUCAUAAAAACGAGCCGGGACACAUUCGCGCUAAAGUUGCUCCCCCUCGGCUAAAUGGAAACAGAACAGGAGUUUUUUCAACCAGAUCGCCUCACCGACCAUGCCCAAUAGGCCUGAGCCUCGUUAAAAUAAUCAAAGUGGAAGACAAUGUUAUUUAUUUCGAGGGUGUUGACAUGGUGGACCAAACACCCGUUGUAGAUAUAAAACCGUAUAUUCCUCAUUACGAUAAUCCAAUGUAUAUUGAAAAGGCGCUGCAGAGUGCUGAUGAAGCAACAGUGCAUAACGACAAUGCAGCAACUUUAAAUGUAUCUUCCUCUUUAUCAUCUUCCACAUCAUUGUUGACCAAUGUAUCAAGAGAUGAGCAACUUGCUCUGAGACUGCAGGCUGAGGAGUUUCAGAGAAAUAUGAAUUUUGAAAAUGUGUAUGAUAAUCAACAAAAUUCAAAUGUAUUGGAAGAUGACGAACUUGCCGAGAUAAUUUCAAACAGAACAAAUUUGAAUCCAAUCAGUUAUGAGACAGGUAGUUUAGAAAUUAAUGACAAUGAUGAGCACAGUCUUAGAAAUUCAAGGCUGCUGGAUGGAGCAGAUGGUCCAAGCGCAGUAUGUGGGACGGACUUAGAUGUAAUUAGUAGAAGGGCAUUGAGUUUAAGACUUGACGAUUCAUCCUCAUCGUCUUCGCCCAUCAGAAUGGGCGUGCGAGAAGCUCCCGAUGGGGAAGAGGGGCUUGAACUGCCUCAGCUAAACAGUGUGCAAACCUCUGACGGUGACUCAAACGCAAGUAUACAGUCUACCAGCAGACAAGCGAACGACAGUAUUGUAGAAGAAAAUGUCAGGGUGCCAGAUUGGAUUACAAGACCGGAAGUAUCGCCUUUGUCGGUAGUUUUCAAUGAGCGAUCAUUGCAACAAUUGCGUGAAAUUGUAAACGACAAGGCAGACGAGAAAAGGCGGGCCGUCGAAAAUAUUUUAAAAGAAGAUCCACGAUCUGUUUAUUUAAGGCAACGCUAUGGGAAUCAGUUUUACACAUUUUUAAUUCAUGAUCUUCAUAUUACCUGUAAGUUUGACGACGAUAGAAAAAUAGUUACGGUGUUUCAAGUGCGACACGCAGGUCGCAUGUGCGAAUGCGGACAACCGGAAUGGCAGUGCUCGGGACAUUCUCCAUUACGUGUCUUCAAUCAUGAUCAAUAGACUUUAUAACGACUGCUUUUAUUUGUUAAUGUGAUUUUUAAUCAUAGGAUUUGUUAAAAAGAAUUUUUUUAGUCGAACCUACUUUUUUACGAGUUCCUAUAUUUUUAUUUAAAACUGAAUUUUCUGAAAAAAAUAAUUUUAAGAUUUUAAAAAGACG